UAAAAACGGUUAAACUAUAUAAGUGAGUGUAAAAUAAAUCUGGAUUAUAUGAUGCAUCUUAAUCAUAUAUGGUUCCGUAUGUUAAUUCUCAUGGACAGUUUGAUAAGGUCUUAUUGACAACAGUUCACAGAAUAUCUUCUUAUCACUCUAUCGAAUACUGACCAUUACUAUAAACAAACGAUUCAUAUAUUUGGACAUAUAAUUGUAAUGUGUCCAAGUAUAUAGAUAUGCUUAAAGUAUAUACUGCGAGAGCUAUUCUCUCUCGAAUGUAUCAUGCCUCUAAAUAUAAAGUUGACAUUCCGGAAAGUUCUGUGACUGACUAUAUUUUCCGGCGUGUAGGGAACCACGGGCACAAAGUUGCACUUAUAGAUGGGAUCAAUGACCGGGGCUUUACUUUCGACCAACUACAUGAAGAAGUUCGUCACGUGACAAAUAGCUUAGGUUCAUUGGGUUUGAAACAUGGGGAUGUGGCGUGUUUGUGCGGGACUAACGUUCCAGAAUUUGCGCAUGUUUUCUGUAGUGUAACAUCAUUAGGGGCAGCUUUAACUAUUGCAAAUUCUCAACUCACACCAGGCGAAAUAUUGCAACAAGUUAAGGACACAAAUUCUCAUCUGCUAUUUACGACAGAGGAUUGCGCGGAAAAGGCGCUACAAGUUCAGAAAUCUAGUAAUAAUCAAAUAAAAAAUGUCAUUGUCUUUGGUUCAAGCACUAACUGCAUUUCAUUUGAAGAUCUGAAGAAAGAAGGACCAGAAGUGGACCUACCAGUGAUCGAACCCGAGUCUGAUGUUGCUCUCAUACCAUUCAGCAGUGGUACCACUGGGCUUCCUAAAGGUGUUCAACUCACGCAUAGAAAUAUCGUGGCCGAAUUAGCUGCACUUAGCCACCCGUUGUUUCUUCCGUUCAACAAUGACGACAGUUCGCUUUCCGCUCUUCCAAUGGUACAUAUAGCAGGACUAGUGAUCGGAAUGUUGAAUCCAUUAAGCCAGGGGGCGACAGUUGUGACGCUGCCUCGAUUUCAACCCGAGGCUUUUCUCUCAUCACUACAGAAACACAGAGUCUCAUUUUCGUUAAUUGCUCCACCAGUUGUGAAUUUCCUGGCGAGUGACCCACUGGUAGACAAAUUUGAUUUGUCUCAUUGGACAACGCCGUACUCUGGGGCAGCGUCGCUCGGGGCUGAGUUAACAAUGAAGAUGGUGACUAGACUUAAUCUUAAAGGCAUAAGGCAAGGUUAUGGAAUGUCAGAAGCUAGUCCUGCGACACACACAACACCUCUGGAUGGUUGGAAAUAUGGCUCUAUUGGUGUACCAUUACCUAACACGGAAUGUAAGAUAAUGGAUAUAGAGUCGAGACGUGACCUUGGUGUAGAUCAGCAAGGGGAGAUAAUGGUUCGAGGACCACAGAUAAUGAAGGGCUACCUGAACAAUCCUGCAGCUACUAGAGAGACAUUUACAGAUGACGGAUGGAUGAGAACAGGAGACAUAGGUUACUUUGACAAAGAUGGUCAUUAUUUUGUUGUGGACAGACUCAAAGAAAUAAUAAAAUACAAGGGAUAUCAGAUUUCUCCCGUUUAUCUGGAAUCUAUUCUAUUGUCCCACCAAAGUGUAGAGGAUGCUGCAGUUGUGGGUAUACCACAUGGUGUUGAUGGUCAUCUUCCUACAGCGUUUGUUGUGUGCAAUAAUAAAACACCUGAAUCUACUCUAGCAGACUUUGUGAAUUCUAAAGUUGCCCCAUAUAAACAGUUAAGAGGUGGUGUUCACAUUGUUAAAGAAAUACCAAGAUUACCAAGUGGUAAAAUAUUGAGGAGAAAACUUGUUUAACAUCUUUAUUUUAUUUACUUAGUUCAAAUAAAUUACUACAAAAAUAUU